AAAGUGUAAGUGUCAAAUAAACAAAACUUUGCGAAACAGAGGCGAAAUGUGGUGUAAUAUUUUAAAAUUAUUUUAUAAUUUGCCUUGUUAUCAAAAAUCUUGUAUAUGUUCAUCUUGCUAAGAGUAAUGUAAUACUGCUCGGUUUUUGCUGUGUCUAUGUAUAAUACCUGUAAUCUUUAUUACAUUCUUAAAUAAAAUAAUGGAUGUAAAUUUUUAUCAUUCCAAACUCAAACUUUUUCUUGUUUCCUUUGUUGGCUGUGCUGGUGCAACCUAUUUGUUUUUGAGAUACUUAAGACGUCGUGAAGCCUACAAUUUUUUUAAUUAUUUAACUAUUAAAACUGUAUGUACUGAAAAUGAGUGCUAUGAAGUUAUAAAAGAGUUACAACGGCGAUGCAAAGCCCACAAAGCAGUUGGCUUUGAUGGUGAAUGGGUUACUGACAGUGGCUCCAGAAGACCAGUUGCUCUGGUUCAAUUGUCUUCAUUUGAUGGUUAUUGUGGCCUGUUCCGGCUGAACAAACUAACAACUGUGCCACCCUUGUUAAAAGAAAUACUAGAAGAUGAGCACAUUUAUAAAGUAGGCGUUGGUCCUAUAGAUGACGCGAAGCACCUACUUCGAGAUUACGAUGUGGCCGUAAAGUCCGCUUUAGACAUCCGACACAUCGCCAAAAUGUGCGAUCACCACCCCGGAGGCCUAGCUUAUCUAGCCAAAACCACACUUGGCGUUAUUCUGGAUAAGGAUUGGAGGAUCAGUUGCAGUAAUUGGGAGGCCGAAGAACUCAGCGACCGGCAAACGAAGUACGCAGCGGUUGACGCGCACGUGGCCAUCAAGAUGUUCGUCCGCUUCAUCAACAAGUUGAAUGUGGCCAAUGUGUGGACGCAACUGGACCACGUGUGCCGGAGAUACGCUGAUGUGGAUUUCACACGCCACGAUUUGCAAAUGUCGAAUUCGUCGUCCACGAAGAAUGGCAGAGAGACGAGCAAGCGCUACCCUCACGCGACCCGCAGCAAGCCGCUGUACCACAACUGCUUCAUGCAAGCACCCGACGGCGAACUGCUUUGUACUUGUGACAAUAAGAAGGCUUUAUGGUACGUAGAGAAAGAAUUGGCCGACAUAGUGAUUGAUUCGCCGCUAACGGUGCGCCUGCGCUUCGAGCCUUCCGGGCGCUGCGUGGGCGACGUGGGCCGCUACUACCAGCUCGCCAAGGAGAACAAGUGCGUGGUGUGCGGCGCCACCAACUCCUACAUACGCAAGAACGUGGUGCCCAGAGAGUACAGGAAGUACUUCCCCGAGAUAAUGAAAGAUCACUCGUCCCACGACAUAGUGUUGCUAUGCGUACACUGCCACCAGCGCAGCAACCUCCGCGACCAGGCUAUGCGGGAGCGGUUGUCCGCGCGCUGCGACGCGCCGCUCGCCAGCGCAGAAGGCGCCAGAUACGUCGAAGACGCCGCCGCCAAAAAAAUUUGUUCCGCCGCCCGCGCGCUUUUACACCAAACAAAGAAGCACGUUUUGCCGCCGGCGAGGCGGAAGCAACUGGAGGAGAUCGUAUUGGAACAUUACAAGCAGGAGGUACUCACGGAGGAGUUGUUGCAGAAAGCUGCGGAAUUGCAAGUCGUCUACGAGAACUCCGGCUACGAAUGUCACGGUGAGAAGGUGGUACAGUGGUACCUGAAUCAAGGUGGCGGUCUUCUGCGGUUGGAGGAGGAGUGGCGGAAACACUUCCUGGCGAGCAUGCGGCCACUGUACAUGCCGGAACUGUGGUCCGUCACACACAACCAGGAGAGAAUGCGUGUGAGACUGGAGGAAGGCCGGUUAUCUGAUGAAGAAUUAAAGUCCAUAGGAGCAUCGAAAUUAUUAUAACUAUAAUUAAAAAUAUGUUAUUAACUUUCGUGUAAAUAAAGAUAGAUGGAAUUGAAUUUAUAAAUCAAAAUAUCUUUUUAUUUUUGAUAACUGGUUUUAUAAUAAACUUAUUUUUUUGACAACUUGAAUAAAGUGAUCUCGUCAGAA